AUGGUGAGCGAGCGUUUCUCUCCAACAGGUUUCAAUCUCAACGGAAUCCUCGACGGUUAUGGUUCAAUACAAGAAGAGCAUGUUGAGUUUCGAGUCGAAGAUACCACCAACACCUCAACAAUAACGAAAUUUCUUGGAGACAUGAAUAACAAUAAUCCAAUCCCUUAUAAUGAGAAAAACGAGCCCCAGCAACAUGAUGAUUUCAAGUUUGAUAACUUGGUGCUAGAAGAGUUCAGCUUUUACCCUGAUCCACAUCAAAAGACACAACCAUUAUUAUUGCCACAAAAGAAUAAUAAUCAAUCGUUGGUCAGAAAAAUAAGUUCGGUUGAACCACCACGGUCGCCACCUCCGCCUCCUUCAUGGGAGCUCCUCUGCAGUUACGGAAGCAGGAUCCAGAGGUUAGGACGGAGAAACUUAAGCGGCGCCAGCGAAGAAGCGAAAACUAGCACUAGCAUUAGUCCCCAGAAGUUAUCAACAGAGGAAAUAGUAAGAUUGGCAGGAACAAGGUAUGUGCAAUACUCUUCACAAUGGCAAGAUAAUUGGUUCAUGCCAAUGCAUCCUUAUGCUCAAAUUGGUUUCAUGAUUUUGUCUGAAGAGGAAAAUAGGGACAUUGACCUUGCCCAAUUUCUCCUAGCUUCAGCUGAUAAGAUUGGGUGCCAACAAUUCGAGCGUGCGAAUUCAUUGCUCCUUCAAUGCCAAUGGAAUUCAUCAAAUCUUGGGAACACAGUUCAGAGACUCGUCUUUCAUUUCUCUUGCGCACUGAAAGAAAGGCUGAAUAGAGAGAUAGGAGGGAUGGUGUUAGAGAGGAAUUCGCAGAGGGAACUGGUUGAAGCAAUGCAAAUGGAUCAUAACUCGGCGAUUGCAUGCCAUCAAAAGCUUCCUUUUAAUCAAGUGAUGCAAUUUGUUGGUGUGCAAGCUUUGGUUGAGCAUGUUGCAUCAAAAACCAAAAUCCAUUUGAUAGAUCUUGGGCUUGGAUAUGGGCUGAUGGCGACAGUUCUUAUGCAAGCUCUGGCCGAGCGAAGCGAAAAGCCGGUCGAGCUUGUGAAGAUAACUGCCGUUGGAUGUGGAAGCAAGAGGGUGCUAGAUGAGGCAGGGAGGAGGUUGGUGAGUUUUGCCAAGUCCUUGAAGUUUCGCAUUUUGUUUAAGACAGUUUUUGUUGAAGACAUUACAGAAUUAAGGGAAGAUCAUUUUGAGAUUGAAAAUGAUGAAGCUGUGGCCGUGUACUCUCCCAAUACCCUGAGGAUUUUGGUGCCAAGUCCUGAUUCCUUGGACAACUUGAUGAGGGUGUUAAGGAAGAUUAAACCGGCUAUUAUGGUUGUUGUUGAGAUUGAAGCAAACCACAACUCUCCUUUAUUUGUGAAUCGAUUCAUUGAGUCCUUGUUUUUCUUUUCAGCAUAUUUUGAUUGCAUUGAAACGUGUCUAAAUCAGGAGAAUGAGUGCAGGAUGAGAUUAGAAGCAAUAUUAUCUGAAGCAAUACGAAACAUUGUUGCAUUGGAUGACAAAGAGAGAGCAGCUAGGAAUGUGAAGAUACAUGUUUGGAGAAGGUUUUUUGCGAGAUUUAGAAUGUUUGAAACUGAAUUUAGUGAGUCAUCGGUAUACCAAGGUAACUUGGUUAUUAAAAAGCUUGGGUUGAGUAACAUUUGCACGUUAGAUAAGAAUGGAAAGAGUCUUAUCAUUGGAUGGAAGGGGACCCCAAUUCACUCCAUCUCAGCAUGGAAGUUUCUUUAA